CCACAACAACAACACAACAACAACAAUGGGGCAAAAUUCUAGACUCUCGAGUACCCUGUGUCAUCGGAACCGGACGAUCGGGUAGAAGUAAGGAGGCAGCCUACGCCCUUCUGGGAACGGAGAGAUCGGAGACCUACACCAACCCAACCCAACUCAAGUCCCCCCUUUCUCUCUCUCUCUCUCUCUCUCUCUCUCUCUCACACACACACACACAAGACAAAACUGCGCCUCAAAGCUUGCGUGCAAUGAGAGUCUUGUCUUUCAAAAAGGUGAGAGAGGUUGAAUUUUGAUAAAGGUCACACAGACCAAUUGAUGAGAAUGUUCUCAAUAAGUGGGGGUCAGUUUCAGUGCUUACCCCAUGUGCUCACGUCACAUUAUCAUUUCUUGGCAAGCAAGAGAAAUCACGGAGGCCUCCUUUGCGCACGGGUCAGUUGUGGGCUGUGCGUUUUGGUGUAACUUGGUACAAAGUUGGUGAAUAGGAUGAACGGGGAAAUGGGAAAGUCGAUUGGAAUUUGUUGAACAGCGUGUGGCCGUUUUGAAGAGCGUUUUGCCGAGGGAUUUUGCCUGCCGGUGAUUCGCUUCUCGGACUGUGAAGAGGAAAGGAAAGCGAGGCGCGAAGGGAAAACACGAUAGGAUGGAUGUCUUGUCGAGAUUGGGCCUCAUCAAACGGUUGAUGGGGUGACGUUGGAUGAUACCUGCAUUAUGUAAAAAGUGAAAUGGAAAUGGGAAGUUUGGGGAUCCUUCCUUGGGGGGUGGUCCUUCUUGCUGUUGACGGUAUUGUAAGAUCUUGGAAGGAGGGUUGUAAGAGUUUCAAAGACAAUUGUCGAUCUCUUUUGAAGAUGGCAAUUGCGUCGAGACAUAAUCGUCGAGCCAGGAUCAUGACGCAACCAGAAACGUCCAAAAAGCCAGGGUGUUCGCUUAUCGAUAGCCCGGGCAAGGCAGACCCCUGAAGGCAUUUCCCACGUUUCUCCACAGGCUAGACAGGGGCAGCUCAAGCUUUUGGAGCUAGGAGCUUGUUCUCAGCUGCCCUGGUUACGUCGUUGAUGCUGUGCCCAGUUUGUGUUGUCUUGGAGGAGGCCGUUGAGGUUGCCAAUUUGUUGGCAAGAGUUUUCGGUAUAACUUGCCAGGCGGUGAAUCACUCAGUUGAGCAAGGUAGGUCCGACUAACUGUAGUGGAAACAACAUCCCAUCUAUACUCAGCAUCAAAAGUUUCAAAAUCGGGCGGCUACACUCGAGGCCCGCAUCGGCACGGCAGGCGUUGAACGGCACGGACCAAGAUCAAGAAGUUGGUACCAAAAUAACUCUCAGGGGCACAACAUACCGUACCUGUCUGUCGACGUCAACAGCAGAGCAGAUUCCUCGUCUCUUCUCCAACAUCGCGGGGUUAUGUUACCAGCUUUCUUCCCGUCGUUCGUUCUCCAGCACAGCAAAGCAAAAUCCACAUCGGAGCUUCCCACUACGCAAUAAACUUCUUCACAGCCACGCUUGGCAGAGGACUCGAUUCGUUCGUCAAACCGCAGACCGCUCCGACUCCGAAAAGACGUUGCCAUCCGAGAGUCUAGGGACAGUCCCGACACCUGCGGGAAACAGAGACAAGUGUGGUAGUGUGGUAGUGUGGUAGAAACGUGUGACGUGGAACGCAACACACAGAGAGAGAUUCUCAUACCUCGAGAUCGCUGUUCUUGGGUGCGUUUGGCGGUUCAGCAGACAGCGUUUGGCCGGGCGGAGACUUUGUCUUUGUAUCCCGGACCGGCUUAGGGGCAACCCCACCUUUGUUCCAGCGGUCCCAGCCAGUCCCAGUCUGCCGUUCGCCCCAUUUUCGCUGCCGAGUCCAGGGCCCCCCAACUGUUCCCGAUUCCCCCCUGGUGACUGCGACGUGAAAACGCUCUCGCGCCGCCAUCCAUCAUGUCCUUUCACGUUCAAACCCGCCAGAUCUUGCGCCGAGUAACCACCGGCAAAGCACCUCACGAAACAGGCUCGCCCAGCAUGGAUGACGAGGAGAGCCCCCUCUUGGGCCAUAGGAUCGCUAAUGGCGGCUCCGAAGCCAACUUUUGGAAACACCUUCUUCUUGAUCGCACCAGCAGCCCUGGAACCAAGAGUCCCAACGCUCUGGUCCGGCUGCCGGCGCAUUUCUUCAAUGUCUUCAAGAUCACAUUGCUCAGCUCUUGGAUAAACGUUCUCCUUGUUUUUGUUCCCUUUGGGCUCAUCGCCGGCACGUACGAGUGGAACCCAACAUUGGUUUUCACCCUCAACUUCUUCGCCAUCAUCCCCCUCGCCGCCAUCCUCUCCUUUGCGACGGAGGAGAUUGCUGCUCGGCUUGGCGAGACUCUCGGUGGCUUGGUCAACGCCACGUUGGGCAAUGCCGUCGAACUUAUUGUCAGUAUCGUGGCCUUGAGGGCCAACCAGGUGGAAAUCGUCCAGGCCUCCAUGCUGGGCUCAAUCCUCUCGAACCUCUUGCUUGUCCUGGGCAUGUGCUUCUUCCUCGGUGGCCUCACCAACAUGCGCGACGCCGACGGAAACGCGAUUGAGCAGAGCUUCUCUGCGGGCACGGCCCAGACGACAUGCUCUCUCAUGACGCUUGCAUCGGCAACCAUGAUUCUGCCGGCCGCUCUGUACGGCGUCCUGGACAGCGGCUCGGACAAGGAGGAGGUGGCCCUGCUUCUUUCUCGUUGCUCGUCGGUCGUUUUGCUCUUUCUCUACGUCAUGUACCUGAUCUUCUCUCUCCGCUCACAUAAGCGCCUGUUCGAGUCCGAGGCUGGACCCAACGCUGGAGAGGAGGAGGAGCACGACCCGCUCCUUGGCCCCUGGUCAGCUGGUAUCGUGCUGUUGCUCACCACCCUGGUCAUCAGCUUUUGCGCCGACCACAUGGUCAACAGCAUCGACGCCGUGGCCGAAAGCGGUGCCCUCAACAAGACGUUUAUCGGCUUGAUUCUCAUCCCGAUUGUCGGCAACGCGGCGGAGCAUGUUACUGCCUGCGUGGUGGCUGUGAAGAACAAGAUGGAUCUGGCCAUGGGUGUUGCGAUUGGGUCUAGCAUCCAGAUUUCGCUGCUGGUGACUCCGUCGUUGGUUCUGCUGGGCUGGGCGAUAGGUGUGCCCAUGACACUCAGAUUCGAGACAUUCCAGACGGUGGCUUUUGCUGUGUCGGUGCUCGUGGUGACAUACACGGUGCAGGACGGCAAGUCAAACUACCUGGAGGGAGCCAUGUUGCUGGGGCUUUACAUGAUUAUUGCCUUGGCUUUCUGGGCGAGUGGGUAAACUCGACUGGACGCGCACUGAGAUCUGGACACGGAGUGUCACAACCGACCCUUGGCAGAGUUUUUGGGGAACGAAGCACAAACAUACCACGAGGAACUCCCACGAAAAAGAACACCACACCAUAUCCACGUGGAUACACAACAUAUGAUGGACAUCACGUUGGUGAUGGAACCAUAUCGAAGGACCAAUACCAACACUGUUGGGAACGAUUAUCAACAAUUACAUUUGACAUACCUCAAGUCCUGACGGACAUGUCUCCUUUUUUUUUUUUUUUUUUUUUUUUUUUUUUCCCUUGGUAUCUUCUCUGGAGGCGGUGGCCUUUGACUGUUUGGUCGAAAAGAUUAUUCUGUUUUUACGUUCUUGUGUAUAUCAUUUGAGCGCUCUGGCGACUGUUCGGCCUACCUAUUCAUACGUUUUAGCUACGAAGGGGAGGGGUAAGUACGGACAACCAAGAACAAUUUGUACGAUAGGCGGCAGAGGUGGAUGAGAGGAGUGGGUGGUUAUCUAUUAUGCCUGUCUUUUUUUUUUUGGCUUUUUUUUGGUGCCUAGGGGCGUGUUUUGAGUAUUUUCGUUUGUGUUUUUGUUUUCGUUAGGCUAGUCUGGGGUCCGAAAAGGGGGUGAACGAGAGGAGUGAGAGAAAUACAAGGAGUAAACUCAUAUGUGUGUCUUGACUGAGGUUGCUGUUCGUGACAGGGAGUUGUAUGAAGAAUCAAAAGUGCUGCUUGGCUGGUUUAUGUUGUCUGAAUGAUACAAAGUAGGAUUGUCUUACAUUAUCCAUACCCAUUCUAGUCACGUAUACUUAUUAUCUAUCUAUACAAUAUCAACACACACACUCCCACCCAUCA